CAAGACGAGGCGAUGGCCAUAUGAACUGGGUGUUUGUUGGUAAAAAGGAUAUGAUCGUGGCGUCGCCAAAAACGGUGCGUUACCGUAACUGUACACUGUUCAAAGCAGGAAACGAGAGCGUUCUAUUUCCGCUGCAGCAACGAGAACCAGUACGUCAUAAAAGAGAGGAAAAUGUGGACUGGAAGGACAAACUGAGGCCAAGGGAAGAAAGCGCGUCCGUCCAGCUAAGUCGUUGGUCGCCAGGCAGCCGCUGGCGGUGUCGUUUCCAGACGAGAGUGCGUCGUAGCUGAAAGGGACGAGUCGAGGUCGUUGUUACCGUGUUGUAAAGCGUUCGAUUGCUCGGCUAGCCAGGCUCCAUUAGCCCGCCCGCCCGCCCGCUCGCUAGCGAUGGGCACGAGAGCGAGUCGCCUCCAGGAAGACCCGGUGCCUUCCACUCUGGGGAAGGACGGCACCACCAAGCGGGAUUCGUACCGGCGGCCCCGCUGUGCCAGGCCUACCAGCCUCAUGGUGGACUUCUCGGGCAGCUUUGAGGACACCGAAGUCAACCGGAGCCGCUCGGAGGAAGGCAGCGACUCCGACCUGGGCCAGCAUGGCGCGAGCGCCGACGGCAGCCCUGCCGACCAUCACGGAAUCCCGGCUAGCAUGAGCCAGGCGUCCCCGGCGGAUGACAACCACAGCGAAGGCAAGACGGAGGAGGACGGCAACACAAGCCCACAGGCUCCCGCCAACGUGGAGCACCAGCCCGGAGACGAAACAGGCCACACGCCCCACCGCACGUUCUCCGAGCGGCUGCCCGGAAACCGACACGCCGGGGGCCGCAGCGUCGGAGCCAGGUCUGCCCGCGUUCGGGGCACCCACCAGCGGCCGGUGUCUGAGGCUUGGAUCGGCCUGUACCGCGUCAACAACCGCCAUGGCAAUAUCCGCUGUCCUUUCUGCUCCAAGCCGUUCCCGGGCGGUCGCAUCGAGGAUCACCUACUGAGCUGCCUCACGUCCCCGCCGCUUCCCUACAACGCGGACGUGCUGAGCAAAGACAGCGGCGAGUGCUCCAUCUGUCUGGAGGAUCUGGUGCAAGGCGAGACCAUUGCCAGGCUGGCGUGUCUCUGCGUCUACCACAAGAGCUGCAUCGACGCUUGGGCUAAGGUGAAGCCCUGCUGCCCAGAGCAUCCAUCAGAUUGACUCCCAGGUCACAUGACUUCCCCCGCCAUGACUCAGGAGACCUCCAUGUCAACAUUCUCUCCUUAUGAAAACUGAAACAUACUCACCAAGCCACCAAGAAGCUCCGGGCGGCGCGGACCUCUUCCUGUUCCUCUUGUAGGUCCGGACCAUUUCGCAACAAACUGUAAACAAAACAAAACAAAAAACCAUGGCUGCUUUUGGAUUUAACCCCUCGCUCGCCAGGUUGGCAUCAGAUGAUGUCAUCUCUGGCCGGGAUGAGGAAUUUCAGUCACCACCUGUGUAUU